CGCGAACGAUCGACAUGAUGGCCUCGAGCUCGGCUCGGCCGCUCUCGUGGGUAAACCGCGUCGCCAACGGCAGGGAUGCCGGCUUGGCGCGCAACCGCCGCGCGUCGGCGUCCGCCCCGACGCGCCCCCACAGGCAUCCCGGCCCGGCUCCGGUCACCGCCAUCUUCAACUUCGGCCAGGACAACAGGACCGAGGAGACGCAGAAGACCGAGGAGGCGACCGCGCCCGACGGUGAGCAGAGCAACAACGUCACCAACGGCGGCGGGCCCGGCGGUUUCUUCGAGAACGCCGGCGCGAUGUUCCGCUCCAAGUCCGGCGGCGUCGGCGACGUGCUGGAGCAAAACACGGGUGAGGGAUCGGACAAAAACUACGGCGGCGACGUCGCCGGCGUCAGCAACGACGAUCCCAUCGACGGCGUCCUCGUCGACGGGCACGCCGCCAUGGACGAGGCGGCGCUCCUCGCCGCGGACCUCAAGGCUGGCGCCUCGCCCGCGUCCUCGGAGGAUGCGAUGGACGACCUGUACAACGAGAUCGCCGCUAAGAACGGCGUGAACCUCGACGAGCAAGCCAUCGACUCCGGGAUCCCGCCGUCCUCCUUCGAAGGAUCGCACGCGUCGUCAGCGAGCGAUCCGAACGUGAUGUUCCAACCCCCGCCGGUGGAACCGAUGAAGCCCCCGGCGGCACAGCAGACCGUCUACGCCGAUCCCGAGGUUGACGUCAUCGAUCCCGAGGUGAGCCACCUGGCGGAGAACUCGCCAAUUGCGCAGCCCGGCGCGGAAAAGUUGGCGACGGUGACGCCGUCGCCGAUGGACGCGCUCUUCGACGAUCUGAUGCUGGACUCGUCGCUGUACGACGACGAUAACAUGGUGGAGACUGUGCAAGUGGUAAAGGUGAGGUUCACGAUCAAGAAGGCGGUCGAGUUUGGCGAGGUGCUCCGCAUGGUGGGCGGGCACGAGAGCAUGGGGUCGUGGUCGCUUCGACGAUCCCCCGCGCUCAAGUGGACGACGGACGAUAACUGGGUCAGCGAGGACAUCGAGCUCCCCAUCGACGGCGUGUACGUGUACAAGUACGUGGUCACCGAGGCUGGCGACGCGUCCAAACCCGUGUCCUGGCAGAAGGGCAACAACCAGGUGCUCACGCUUCGACCGGAGGAUUCGCCCGCGCUGCUGGUGCAGGACUCGUGGAGCGGCGACCCUUCCAAGGCGUACACCUCGAAGAUGGACGGCUCGGACAAGAUGCAGUCGGAGACGAGGCUGGUGGAGCGCAUCGGCGUCGCGGAUAAGAAGCUUCACGAGGCGAGGCUCGAGGUGAUGGAUCUCAAGGUUGAGGUGCGAACCGCGCAGCUUCAGAGCGCGGCGCUUCGAGAGGAGGCGAGGCUGAGCUCAAACGUCCGGCUGAAGCUGAAGCAGCAGCUCAGCGCGGAGAAGAAACGGAGCGAGGUGCUCGAGGAGCAGGUGACGGAGUGGAAGAACAAGUUCAAGCAGCUCGGGUCAGGUUCCAAGCCCCCGCCCUCCUAGGUUGGUGAACGGGUCGCGGAGGUUGAGAGGUGACGUGAACCGGGGGGCAAAAGGGAGCAGACCCCGGAGGUCGCGGUUUCGUUGGGUUUCUUUUCGUAAGUGAACCGAUAUAUAACACCGACGAGUCGCUCAAGCCAGC